UCCUCUCGCUCUGUCCAAAGGAGGACGGCUACAAGCCACUCUUGCGUUCGACGCCCCCUCCCUACAUUUAGGUUUGGGGGGUGGGGGCAGGAACUCGACCGGUCUGUGGCCACCCAGGAAGUGCACGGCCCCCCAUUGCCCUGUAAGCCUUGACUUCAUUGCUGAAUGGGAAUUUUCUCUCUCUCCUCCCUGUGCCGUUCCUCCUCCCGCAUUUUUCUUGAAAAGGACCCAGGCUGAGCCAAAACGUCCAGCUCUGUCCUAAAAUGCCCUUUCCUUCCCCUUCUCCCUCUGCCCCGCCCCUUCAGAGUUUCCCGAGGGUUUCUUUAGAUAAGCCCAUGCAGGGCAGAAGGAGUGGGGACGAAGGUUAGCCUGUGGCUCCCCGCUUUGUUUACAGUCCUGUCUUUGGGCCGGCAGAAAACUUUGCAGGGAGGUCCGAUAGUUCUUUCCUUUUCCACCACUAUCGCCAUCCAUGCCCAGCCUCCGUGGACGGUCAUGCAUAUCACCACCUAAGCCGGACCUCGCAGGAUGUGGCCGUGGUUCCGUGGACCAUUUCCCGGGACCUGCCAGCAUGCCUGCAUCCAGGGGGGGGCUGCUGUUCCUUUCCUUCCUGGUCCUGGGGCAAGCGAUGGAUUUUACAGAUUACAGCUAUGUCCUAGAAGAAGAGGAAGAAGACGCUGAUCCCAUUGACUAUAAGGACCCUUGCAAAGCUGCUGCCUUUUUAGGAGACAUUGCCUUGGAUGAAGAAGACCUUAAGAUGUUCCAGGUGGAUAGGGUUGUGGAUCUGACACGACAUACCAUUGAGAGAACUGCCAUCAACUCUUCAGGGAACAGUUCAAAUGGCACCAGCAUCAGACCUGGGAAACAGCAGAGGAGACAAUGGAAGCAAGGCCGGGGGCAGUCUCGAAGGCGCCGGGCUGCCACUUCCCGUCUCGAGCGGGUGUGGGCUGAUGGAGUCAUUCCUUAUGUGAUCAGCGGGAAUUUCAGUGGCAGCCAGCGGGCAAUCUUUCGGCAGGCCAUGCGCCACUGGGAGAAGUACACCUGUGUCACCUUCUUGGAACGAACUGAUGAAGACAGCUACAUUGUGUUUACAUACAGGCCUUGUGGGUGCUGUUCCUAUGUGGGGCGUAGAGGAGGGGGACCUCAGGCCAUCUCCAUUGGGAAAAACUGUGACAAAUUUGGCAUCGUGGUACAUGAGCUGGGCCAUGUCAUUGGUUUCUGGCACGAGCACACACGCCCAGACCGAGAUGCCCACGUGUCCAUUAUCCGUGAAAAUAUCCAACCAGAUGGAGCUUUCAUCCUCCAAGAAGAAGGCAGCCAUGGCUACAGCUGGAUAGCAGUAAUGUGGCAGGAAUAUAACUUCCUGAAGAUGGAGCCUGAAGAGGUGGAGUCUUUGGGCGAGACGUAUGAUUUUGACAGCAUAAUGCACUAUGCCAGGAACACCUUCUCCAAGGGGAUCUUCCUAGACACCAUCCUUCCUAAAUACAAUGUGAAUGGGAUGCAGCCCUCCAUUGGCCAACGGACCCGUCUGAGCAAGGGAGACAUUGCCCAGGCACGCAAGCUCUACAAAUGCCCCUCUUGUGGAGAGACCCUGCAGGACAGUCAAGGGAACUUCUCCUCACCCGAGUUUCCCAAUGGACUGCACUGCAUCUGGAGGAUAUCUGUCACCCCAGGGGAAAAGAUCAUUCUGAACUUUACGUCCCUGGAUCUAUACCGAAGUCGGCUAUGCUGGUAUGAUUACGUGGAGGUGAGAGACGGGUUCUGGAGGAAGGCUGCCCUGCGAGGUAGGUUUUGUGGGAAUAAACUCCCAGAGCCCAUCGUCUCUACCGACAGCCGCCUCUGGAUAGAAUUCCGCAGCAGCAGCAACUGGGUUGGCAAAGGCUUUUUUGCAGUCUAUGAAGCCAUCUGUGGGGGAGAUGUGAAGAAAGACAAUGGGCACAUCCAAUCUCCCAACUAUCCUGAUGACUACCGGCCCAAUAAAUUGUGCAUCUGGAAGGUUACAGUCUCAGAAGGAUUCCACGUGGGCCUCUCUUUCUUGUCCUUUGAGAUCGAGCGCCAUGACAGCUGUGCUUAUGACUACCUGGAGAUCCGGGACGGUAACACAGAGUCAGGAAACCUGAUUGGAAGGUACUGUGGUUACGAUAAGCCCGAUGACAUUAAGAGCACCUCCAACAAGUUGUGGAUGAAGUUUGUGUCAGAUGGGUCCAUCAACAAGGCUGGCUUUGCUGUCAAUUUCUUCAAAGAAGUGGACGAGUGCUCAAGGCCAAACAAUGGCGGGUGUGAGCAGCGCUGCGUGAACACGCUGGGCAGCUACAAGUGUGCCUGUGACCCUGGCUAUGAGUUGGCCUCAGACAAGCGCAGGUGUGAAGCUGCCUGUGGUGGAUUCCUCACCAAACUUAAUGGCUCCAUCACAAGCCCCGGAUGGCCAAAGGAAUACCCGCCCAACAAAAACUGUAUCUGGCAGUUGGUGGCACCCACUCAGUAUCGUAUAUCCUUGCAGUUUGACUUCUUUGAGACAGAGGGCAAUGAUGUAUGCAAGUAUGACUUCGUAGAAGUGCGCAGUGGCCUCACUGCUGAGGCCAAGCUACACGGCAAGUUUUGUGGGGCAGAAAAGCCUGAUGUGAUCACCUCCCAGUACAACAACAUGCGCAUUGAGUUCAAGUCCGAUAACACUGUCUCCAAGAAGGGCUUCAAAGCUCAUUUUUUCUCAGACAAAGAUGAAUGUUCGAAGGAUAAUGGUGGAUGCCAGCACGAGUGCCUGAACACUUUUGGCAGCUACGAGUGCCAGUGCCGUAGCGGCUUUGUGCUGCAUGACAACAAGCAUGACUGCAAAGAAGCUGGCUGUGAUCACAAGAUGACUUCUAUCACUGCAACCAUCACCAGCCCGAACUGGCCUGAUAAAUACCCAAGCAAGAAGGAGUGCACCUGGGCAAUAACAACUACGCCAGGACACCGUGUCAAACUGACCAUCAGGGAGCUGGAUAUCGAAGGCCACCAAGAAUGCACUUAUGACCACCUGGAAGUUUUCAAUGGAAAAGAUGCCAAAGCUCCCGUCUUAGGCCGGUUCUGUGGGUCUAAAGAACCAGACCCUGUUAUCUCUUCCAGCAACAGGAUGUUCCUCAGGUUCUUUUCGGAUAACUCUGUCCAAAAGAAAGGCUUUGAGGCGACCUACACAUCAGAAUGUGGGGGGCAGAUGCGAGCUGAAGUAAAAACCAAGGAUCUCUAUUCACAUGCCCAGUUCGGAGACAACAACUACCCUGGAGGCUCAGAAUGUGAAUGGGUGAUUGUGGCUGAGGAAGGCUAUGGGGUUGAACUCAUCUUCCAGACAUUUGAGAUUGAGGAAGAGGCAGACUGUGGCUAUGACUACAUGGAACUGUUUGAUGGCUAUGAUGGGACAGCACCGCGUUUGGGACGCUACUGUGGCUCUGGGCCUCCAGAAGAGGUCUAUUCUGCUGGCGACUCAGUGAUGGUAAGAUUCCACUCAGAUGACACCAUCAACAAGAAGGGUUUCCACCUACGGUACACUAGCACCAAAUUCCAGGACACACUGCACACGCGGAAGUGAUGCCCAGCCGCCCAAGCCCCUGCAACGGAGAACAAGCUCCCAAUGGAGAACUGGAGGGACAGAUCUCCACUGUUUGCAAACAAAUAAAAAAUAAAAAGACACCCAUGGAGAAAAUUCAAAUAGACUGGAAGGAGAAAUACACAGUACACCUCAGAGUGUGAAACACUCAAGCAAAAACAAAGGUGCUGCCAACCACUUGUAUGAACUAGCCUCGGGGGGGGAAUGGGGGAGUCCUUUCAUUUAAAAAACAAGUGUCAAUUUCUGUGCCUAUUUUUGUUUUUUGAGCAGUCUCCAGGACUAACCACUUCACAGCUUCCAUUUUACAGUUUGAUUCCUUGUCUGCACUGUUCUCUCCCAAUCCUGGAGGUUAUGAUUUAAAAUAAUGCUGGGAAAUCCAACCUAUGGCAGACAUUUUCCUUUAUAACUCCAUAAAGCAGAUUUACCAGCACAGAUGUCUGAAUACACAAACCCAAAUGCAGCUGACAGACUGCCAUGCUUGCAGAAGCUGUCUGUCUGUUAUAAUGAUGUAAUAAAAACACUUUCUUGUACUUCUAAAGAGAUGCCCAACAGCCUCUUUAAACUUUUACUAUUUGAGAUUUUUUUAAAAAUUCCAUUACCAAGAAAAAAUGUAACUUGAAAACCUUCUUGCUCCUUCAUUAACUUUUUUUAUUUUUAAAUUAAAGUUUUAAUUGGAAUAAAAGCAAAAUCAGCAGUCCCCACUUGUGGAGUCAAGAUCUACAAAAAGGAAAAGAUCUACAACCAGAAUUCCUGAACUUACUUUAUUUCUCAUUGUUGAAUCUUGAUUUUCCUAAGUUUCUUUUUUGCUUUCUGGUUCUGGACAACUGUACUUUAUCUUUCUGGAACCCUUUCAAAUGGUUUUUUAGCCACUUCUUACCCUUUUCCCAUUCCAGCUGCACUCUCCCAUUUGCGGUGGUCUUUGUGUAUUUUCACCAAUGAUCUCCCUCUCUUCUGGUUUCCAAUUCACAGUUCCUGCCAUUCACUUCCUGUUUCAAGUUAAGAUCAUAAGAAAAGUCAUGUUGGAUCAGGCCAAAGGCCCAUCUAGUCCAGCAUCCUGUUUUCAAAGUGGUUAACCAGAUGCCCAGGGAAAGCCCAUGAGCAGAACCUGAGCACAACAGUACCUCUCCCUACUUGUGAUUCCCUAUAACUGGUAGUAGAGGUAGAUGUAAUGAGCUGUAGCAUCAGUUUAGUUGCUGUUGCUUUUUUGGCAAGCACUGUGAACUCUAAAUUCUGUGGAAUUCAUUGUCUGGCUGUUAGAGUUCCUCACCAAUAAUCUUGGUUGGACGACUCCCCAAACUACUUUUAGAUGACUAUAAAUGAAUCUUCAUGGAACCAUUAAUGGUAGGAAUGGUCUACAAUCCUUUGUCACAAUCCUAGCCAUAUAUGUGGACAGGAGAGAAGUACACACAUCGCUGGAAGCGUUUGGGAAACGUUUUACUGCAAUUGGUUUUUAAAUGAAACAGAGGCUCGACCAUUCUGCUGAGUGAAUGGCAGGUGAUGUAAAAAUGUUCAGAAUAGCUCUUGCUGCUAUGCCCAAGUUUGUCCUUUACCAAAUCAAAUCCAGUUAAAUUUAUUAAUAAGGCAACCAAAUACAGGUUGCAGCCAAAUAAAUACACAAAGAUUAAUUAUGAGCAAGCAUAAAAAACUAUCAAAUACAGAUAGAGCAUACAGAAAAAACUAAAAACUUAAAUCUUGAGACUGGCCACAUAUACCUGUCUUAAGUUGAGCAGCCUUCACUGCAAAUUUCUGUAUUAAACAUUACAAGCCCAUACAUGCUGGACAGCAAACAUUUGGUCAUAUCCAUAUCACUGAGGGUAGAAACCAUAGCUAAAAGGUAUCUUUGCCUAGAUGUUUCAUACAAUUUAUAACAUAUAGCAUAUGGUGUCAGUAAGGAUUUUAACCAGAGUCUCCCAAGUCUCUGGCCCACAUUAUCUUCACCUUUUUUUUCUGCACAGUUAUAGGCAUAGCGUAGUUAGUACAUGUGACUAAUCAGCAACUAUUUUUUCCUUCCCUUUGUGGAAGAGCCAGCUAACCCUUCCUUGCAGUUGGGAAGCUCAACAAAAGACUGAUGAGGCCAAGUGUUUCCUGGGGCACCGAGGAAGAGGUACACUGCAUCAACAGCAUUGCCAUUCUCACUUUGCAAGUAGUACCAAGAAUAUCAGCAUGGGAUAAUGUUCAGCUUGCACACACCACUUGUGAAAUAAAUGAUGCUCAGAGCAAAUGGCUGGCUCAGGAUCAUCAAAGUGAGCCUCACGGCUGAACAAAGAUUGUAGCCUGAUUGCUUGGUUUAAGUCUGUCAUAGUGGCCCAAGUAGUUGCUGCAGGCCACCUGUGGCCACUCAUACAUUCAUUUAUCUGGAGCAAUGCUAAAAGAGUUGAUAGAAAUCUGUGGAAUAAAUGAGAGGCAGAAAAGGGAGAUUUAAUUUGAACAGAAUACGUGGCGCUUGUUCCCACUUCUGACUUGCCCUUGAACAGAGAGGAGGUUUACUUCAUUAUCUAAGGACUAUAUGCAUAGAAGUAAUGGGUGUUUAGUCCUGAACAAACCAACAACGGCAUGAAUGCCAUGCAGAUUACUCCCUCACUACCCAUCCUGCAGGAAAAUUGCAUGCUCGAGUUUAGGUUUAUUAAAUGCAUUAAUUGUUUUCUGCAACCAAAAAUCCCAAAGUGAUUUACAACAAAAAUAAAACACAGUAAUAAAAAUAAAUAUUAAAACCAUAA